CCUCCUACUCCCGCUGCAUUCCCAGCGCAGGGUCCGACCGGCUACAGAGGCCGCUCGGAGCUUUCGGGGGAGACGCGGAGCGAAGGCCGGAGGGCGUGCAACCGAACCCGCGGCGAGCGAGGCCGGAGCGGAAGCGGCGGAGGAGCCAGCAGCAGCCGCCCGGCGGCUGGGAGUGACGCGGGCGAGGUUCCUGAAAAGUUGGGUGCGGGCUCGCGCCACUGCGCCCGCGGUCCGAGCGAUGAAGAUGGUCGCGCCCUGGACGCGGUUCUACUCCAACAGCUGCUGCCUGUGCUGCCAUGUCCGCACUGGUACUAUCCUGCUCGGCAUCUGGUACCUGAUCCUCAAUGUCGUGGUGCUGUUGAUUCUGUUGAGCGCCCUGGCUGAUCCAGAUCAGUACCACUUUUCAAGUUCUGAACUGGGAGGUGACUUUGAGUUCAUGGAUGAUGCCAACAUGUGCAUUGCUAUUGCAAUUUCUCUUCUCAUGAUCCUGAUAUGUGCAAUGGCGACUUAUGGAGCUUACAAGCAACAUGCUGCCUGGAUCAUCCCCUUCUUCUGUUACCAGAUCUUCGAUUUUGCCUUGAACACCUUGGUCGCUGUCACCGUGCUUGUUUACCCGAGCUCCAUUCAGGAGUACAUACGGCAGCUGCCUCCUGAUUUUCCCUACAGAGAUGAUAUCAUGUCAGUGAAUUCUACCUGUUUGGUCCUUAUUAUUCUUCUGUUUAUCAGCAUUAUCUUGACUUUCAAGGGUUACUUGAUUAGCUGCGUUUGGAACUGCUACCGAUACAUCAAUGGCAGGAACUCCUCCGAUGUCCUGGUGUAUGUUACCAGCAAUGACACUACGGUGCUGUUACCCCCAUACGAUGAUGCUACUGUGACUGGCGCCGCCAAGGAGCCACCGCCACCUUAUGUGUCUGCCUGAGCCUGCGAGUGGGCGGAGCUGAGCAUGACCUUGACUUUUCAGACAUCAGAGCAAUAGUUCUUUAAUUUCACUUCUGGGAUGAGCUUUCUGAGCUUAUUCAUUGCUGAAAUGUUCCAAUUUAAAAAUUUUAAUGUUAGGUUGAAACCUUUUGUAGUUUUAGACAUAUGCUUUAGCUGAACACUCUGAUAGGUUAACUGUAGAGUUCUGUCUGUAGGGAUGGAGUGCAAGGGGCUUCCCUAGACCUCCCUGGGCUUCCCUGGGCGCUGAAACUUCCCGGCGAUCCACAUGAACCUCAAGUCAGAGAAGUCUAGUUUUGUACAUGCUGGGCCCCAAAGUUGAUGGAUUAGUCACAUUUCUUUUCUCUCUGGUCCCUCUUUCUAAUUUUGAAAGUGUAAAAUAAAAUCAAAAUUAGACAAUACUUUUUUCCUUAGGCUGCUCCAGUGUGUAGAAGAAACCCAUAUGAGAACAAGGAUGUUAAUUGUGAGUCACUGCCCCAGUUAAGGAAAUAGGAGCCCAUACAUAUGUAUAAAUAAAACAGGAAGUUCCUUUAGAUCCUUUAUGGCUUCAGUCAGUGACCGUUUGAGCUUCCUGGCCAGGGCUAAAUCGGGACCGUUCGACAGUCCCCGGCAUUGAGACAGCGGUCACUACCGUAGCUGUUCGUGUGCACCACAUUCUGAGGCCGUGGAGUGGCGAGUCCCGCCUGAGUUACAGGGACGAGCUGAUUUGUUUGGGCAGCGUGGUGCCUGGCGGUCCUGUCUCCUGGGUGCUGUCCCUUCCCCGGGCCGCCUUUCUCUGAGUGUUCUGCCCCGGCCUGAUCUAAGGAGGACAUCCAUCCUGCUGUCAUGUGGCUAUGCUGAAAUGUGUUUACCUAAUUUUAUAAAAGAUUUUUUUCUCUCCCUGCAAGGCACAUCCUACUACUUUGAACUCCCAAGUAUGUCUAAUCAUCUUCCAAAAUGAGUGUAUAACAGUCUUCAGAAAAAGGAGGAGGGAUGCUUUCCUGGAAUGCCCUUAUCUUGAUUACCUGAAUUCCAAGGGGCUUUUAUAUAUUCGUAUGUUCAAGGGUCACAGCUCUCCUGUUUGUUCAUUUUCCAGUGUGCUGUAAAUGAGUGCUUUUACGAUUAAAGUGAGAUUUGCCCACACCCAAGAAAAGA